GCCUUCGUGCUCCUUGCGCCCUGAGCCCCGGGAAUCGAGCAGGAGAGGCAGGAUGGCGACCGCAGCGAGCGAGGCGCGCCGAGUGCUGGUGUAUGGCGGCAGGGGCGCGCUGGGCUCCCGAUGCGUGCAGGCGUUCCGGGCCCGCAACUGGUGGGUGGCCAGCAUCGACGUGGUGGAGAAUGAAGAGGCCAACGCCAGUGUCGUGGUUAAAAUGUCAGACUCGUUCACGGAGCAGGCCGACCAGGUGACUGCUGAGGUCGGAAAACUGUUGGGCGAAGAGAAGGUGGACGCCAUCCUUUGUGUGGCCGGAGGAUGGGCUGGGGGCAAUGCCAAGUCCAAGUCUCUCUUCAAAAACUGCGACCUGAUGUGGAAGCAGAGUGUGUGGACAUCAACCAUCUCCAGCCACCUGGCCACCAAGCACCUCAAGGAAGGGGGCCUGCUGACCUUGGCGGGGGCCAAGGCCGCGCUGGAUGGGACCCCUGGGAUGGUCGGCUACGGCAUGGCCAAGGGCGCCGUCCACCAGCUCUGCCAGAGCCUCGCGGGGAAGAACAGCGGCAUGCCGCCCCGGUCCGCGGCCAUCGCAGUGCUGCCGGUCACGCUGGACACUCCGAUGAACAGGAAGUCGAUGCCCGAGGCCGACUUCAGCUCCUGGACACCCUUGGAGUUCCUCGUCGAGACCUUUCACGACUGGAUCACAGAGAAAAACCGGCCCAGCUCAGGAAGCCUAGUCCAGGUGGUAACUAUGGAGGGGAAGACCGAACUCACCCCGGCGUAUUUCUGAGCCCCGUGCGGGUGCUGGCGCGGGGUCUGCCGCGAAAGCCCCCGUGUCUCUGUGUGGCCGCGCCUGGCCCUGUGUUUUCGGUGACCCUGACGGUGGUACGAGACCCCAAGGCCCGUUUUUCUCUCACCUAAUGUGCAUUCGCUUCUCCGAGGCAGUGUCAAGUGUUCGCGUGAAAUAAAAACGCACAGGUGGAGGCCCGCGGAUGGCAGUGUCCUCCAUCCACACUGACCGCCAGAGCGCGGAGGUCUCUGCACGGCCCCCUGUCUCGGCGUCCCGUGGAAGCGCUUUUGAGACAGCCCGUGUGUCCCUGACCGUGUCUGUCGGCCUGACUGCGCCCGGGAUUUGUUGGCGUCAGGGACAGGAGUUACGUUUCUGUCCCAGGUGUAGUGUCCGCAGCCUCCAUUAAACUGCCUUAACCCCCUUUCGUGUUGUUCGCAGAGCCCAGCGCGCUCUGCCAAGGCCUCUUUUUCCUGUGCGGUGGCCAGGUGUGCGCAAGAAUGGCCUGUGAUUAUUCGGAGUUUAUCUGCCUAAUAAAUGCGCUUCAUGGACCGUGC